CAGCGAUCAUCACUCUCUCCGGCGUAGCUUUCUGUUUUUUCCAGGCAAGUAGUUAGAUCGGAUAGGAGGAAUGGAUCAGUUCUCAGGAGGCAAUUGGUCGAUGAUCCCCAACGUUCAAGCGCAGGGUAGCUUCGGUACACCCACCAAUCAAGACCAUCUAUUCCUCCAACAACAACAACAACAGCAACCACAGUUUCAUCAUCAACAACAACAGACUCAGCAACAGCAACAGCAAUUCCAGCCACAACAACAAGAGAUGCAGUUCCAGCAGUUCCAACAACAACAACAAUUCAUUCAACAACAACAGUUCCAUCACCAGCAGCACCGUCUCCUACAUUCUCCUCAGCAGCAGCAGCAGCAAUCGUCGUUGCAAUCGCCUCCGCCGCCGCAGCAGCAGACGGUGGUUCAUACUCCGCAAUCUAUGAUGCAUACACCGCAGCAACAACAGCAGUUGGUGCAUACUCCGCAGCAAUCUGUUCAGACUCAGUCUUUAGCUUCUCAUUUCCAUCUCUAUCCGUUGGUGGAGAGGCUAUCAGAUGCAGUUGAAACUGGAACAAGAGAUCAGAACUCUGAUGCCCUGGUGAGUGAAUUGAACGGCCAUUUCGACAAGUGCCAACAGCUGUUAAAUUCGAUCUCAGGAUCCCUUGGAUCUAAAACUACUAUGACUGUUGAUGGGCAAAAGAGAAACCUAGAAGAAAGUGAGCAACUGCUUCAACAAAGAAGGGACUUGAUUAUGGAGUAUAGGAAAUCUAUUGAAGAUCUCGUGAAGAUUGAGCCUUAGUUCCAUAUAUCUCCCGAGGUGUGUUGUAUCAUUAUUUACUCUUACUCUGCAUUUUUAGUGCCAAUAAUGUAAGCACUGAACCGAUCUUUUAAUCAGAG